AUGAAGUUUAGGGUGUUCUACCUGUUCUUCGAGUCUUGCACCAAUAAGAAGGACCCUGUUGUGACAUGGCUGACUGGAGGCCCAGGUUGCAGUAGUGAAUUGGCUGUGUUCUAUGAAAAUGGUCCUUUCACGAUUGUGAAUAACUUGUCUCUUGUAUGGAAUGAGUAUGGUUGGGAUAAGUUCCAUAUUCUGGCUGUGGAUGAUAGCAUCAUACAUAGGAAGGUCAAUGAAAAGCUAUAUAAUAUUUCUUACUCUAAGGGUAGCUUUUGCCUGUCUAAUGAUAGUCCAAACAUUCGUGUACUAAUCCAAGCUUCCAGGAUUGUUGAAAUACCUUUUUUGUGGAUCGGAAAGCCUUAA